AUGACAGCAUUGGCAGCGCAGAUGGAAGCAAUAACAAAGAAGCUUGAUACUUUAACUCAAUCUGUGCUCAUGGUACAACAUCCAGCUCUGGUAUGCGCAGGUUGUGGGGCAGAUCACAUCACUUCAAGCUACCCUUUGGCUUCUACUCACAAGGGUCAAUCAGCGGAGCAUCCCAACUAUUCGUGGGUGGAUAAUCCAGAUCAAGUAAAUCAGAUGAAGGACAAUCCACCAGUAAUUCAGCAACAGCAAGAAAAUCAGGUGGGACAGAUAACAGCUGCAUUAGCCAACAGACCACUAGGUACCUUGCCGAAUGACACAGAGAAGAACCCAAGGGAGCAGGUAUUAGCAGUUGAGGCGGUAAAUUAUGCAACUAUUGAGCUCCCAUCUACCUCAUCCACCACCCCCGUCAAAGCUUAUGUGCCACCCAUUCCAUUUCAUCAAAGACUUCAACGCCAGCCAACAACAGAGCAGGUUCAGGCCAUCACUACUAGGAGUGAAGCAAUAGAAAAGGACCAACAGAUAGUUUCAGACAAUCCACAGCUUAAGGCAACUGUUCCUGGCACUUCACUGACACCUCUGGUCCCUUUUCCUCAAACGUUACAGAAGACCAAAUUGGAGAAGCAAGCUAUAAAAUUCCUGGAAAUCCUCAAAAAGUUGCAUGUCAACAUCCCAUUCAUUGACGCUAUCCUUCAAAUCCCAAACUAUUCUAAGUUUUUGAAGGAGAUGCUGACUAAAAAGAGGAAGAUGCCCGAGCAUGAAACAAUAACACUAUCUGAAGAGUGCAGCGCGAUCAUCCAACACAGGAUCCCUCCCAAACUUAAAGAUCCAGGGGAUUUCGCUCUACCUUGCUCUAUAGGAAACUUACAAGGUAUUAAUUGUUUAAUUGAUUCAGGAGCAAGUAUUAACUUAAUUCCUUUGCCUCUUUAUAGGAAAUUGGGAUUAGGAGAUUCCAAGGCGGCUUCUAUCAUCCUUCAACUAGCGGACCGAAUAUUGAAACAUCCCUAUGGAAUAGUCGAGGACAUGCUCAUCAAGACGGGAGAAUUUAUUUUUCCAGCUGACUUUAUCAUUCUAGAUAUAGAAGAGGCAUCCCAAAUUUCAAUAAUACUAGGAAGGCCAUUCCUGUCAACAAGUCGGGCAUUACUUGAUUUUGAUACAAACGAGAUAGUCCUGAGGGUAGAGGAUAAGCAACAAAGCUUCACCAUAGAGAAUCCAAUCAAGCAACCAUCAUAUUUUGAGGAUUGCCAACGAGUUGAUCACUGGGAGAGUUACAAAGGCCAGCUAGAUGUAGGUGGAAUUGUUAGUAGGGAUAACAAUGGAAACUUGAUCAUGUGGCGGAUGAAAGAUGAAAGAAAGAAGUGCAACCAAUGUUUAAAAUGCAGGGCUGAAAAUUCUCUUUUCAAGCCACCAUGA